AUGACGCCAACACCACCUUCUACAAACUCUUCCACAGGCAAGGGGUCGCCUGAAGAGCAGUUUCGUGUGGUGCGCAAGAGAAAUCGAGUACCACUGAGCUGUUAUCCGUGUCGUACAAGAAAGAAAUGCGAUCGAAGUCACCCAUGCAGCAAUUGUACCAAGCGCGAGGGCAAGGACACGACAUCAUGCUCCUACGCAGCCCCCGCUUCUCGAAAGAAAAGUCAAAACCAAGCUGAUUCGAGCCCCGACGAUAUGCAAAAUAGGAUAGACAGGCUUGAGGGCCUUGUGCUUUCCUUGAUGCACAACGGCGCAAAUAUUGAGACUAACGCCCCGCGUACCAGCUUAUCCACCUCUCAGUCGGUUACCGACAGUGGCUCCUCGGCUCAGAUAGCGCGUGACGAGGAGGCAACCAUGGCAGAAGACGACAGUGACGUGGAUGAUCAUCUUGCCAAGUCCAUUGGCGUUCUCAAAGUUGACGCUGAUAGGGGAAAGUCAAUGUAUUUUGGCCAGGAACACUGGCAUCUGAUUCUAGCAGACAUCGCGGAGGUCAAAAACUACUUCACCAGUCACAAAAACGAACUCGAGUCAAGUUACGAGAAGGUCAGAUCAUCAAAGCCGGCGACCGCACGGGAAGGGCCUACAUUGCUUCUGGGCGCAUCCCCUGCGUCCGAAGUAGAACUGCGUGAUGAGCUCCCACCCAAAUCAAAUGUUCUUGCGCUCUGCAGUCGCUACUUCAAUUCCAUGGACAAUGCUGUCAGCAUCAUCCAUGGACCGACUUUUUCACAACAACUCCGGGACCACUGGCAAGACCCAUCGAAAACACCCGUGAUGUGGUUGGGUCUUUUAUACGCAAUAUUGUCUCUUGCCAUGUUGAGUUAUCACAAAGUCGGAGAUGAGCCCGCAGAGUGGCGAGGCAGGACGUUGGAACUUGCUGCUGAGUACAGAUUGCGGACUGUGCAAUGCCUGAUGAAGGCCGACUACACCAAGCCAGUAGAGUACACUGUGGAGACCAUGCUGCUCUACGUUUUUGGCGAGUACUCCUCCCGUUGGGAUGCUGAUCUCGGCCUAUGGAUGAUUGUAUCUUUGACUAUCAGAAUAGCCUUCCGGAUGGGCUACCACAGAGACGCAAAGUGGUUUCCGUCGUUAACCCCAUUCCAAGCGGAAAUGAGAAGAAGAACUUGGGCAUUGGUUCGCAUGGCCGACGUCAUUUUCUCUCACCAGGUGUCACUACCAAGCAUGAUAUAUGAUCACGACUGUGAUACGCAGCUACCAAAUAAUAUCUAUGAUGACGAAUUUAACAGAGAUACUAGGCAGUUGCCUCCUUCGAGACCUAUUACUGAGGCGACUCCAGUUUCAUAUAUGAUCGCCAAGGCCAGGUUGUGCAUCGAACUCGGCAGUAUCCUGCAGGCAACAAACAGAGUAGACAAGGGCGUACCUUACGAUGAAAUUAUUCGUUUUGACGCCAAACUGCGGCAAAUCAUGCAAGAGCUGCCUCCUCAUCUGAAAAUCAGCCCUCUGGCCGGCUCGCGAGACCCGGUCAUGCUGAUUGUUGCUAGAUUCAACAUUGACAUUCUAUGCCAAAAGAUUAUGUGCUUGUUACAUCGAAAGUACAUCUGCAGAGCAAGGCAAAAUCCUCGGUACGCACACUCAAGGAGAAGCGCCAUUGAGGCAUCAUUGCAAGCCAUGGAGCACUUGCAAACUCUCCAUCGUGAAUCGCAGAGCAACGGUCGACUGCGAACCAUGAAGUGGUACGUCAAGUCGGUCGCGAUCAAGGAAUUUACUCUUCCAGCCAUGCUUAUCGUUCUGGAUCUUCACUACGAUAAUCUCGCUGAGCAGUCUGAGUUGCCUGAAGACACCGAGGGUGCAUUCCGAUGGUCUCCAGAGGAGAGGGCCAGGAUGAUUAGCACGCUGGAAGACGCGGCGAUCAUCUGGAAGAGCCUCGCAGAUGGCUCAGUGGAGGCUUUCAAAGCGUCCAAGACGAUCGACAUUAUGCUGCAGAAGUUACAGAACCCGACAAAAAACUCAAACGGGUCAUCCAAUACGCGCUAUGACCUCCCAUCUACUGAUGCGAUUAGCUCCGCAUUGGAUCCGUCAUAUGCGUCACUUGGAACGGACACAAUCAAGUCAGAAGGACUUAUUGAAUUCGGCACUGGAAUGAGCCCAUUCACCAACACCAAUAGCAGUGCAUUCAUGGGGAUGGAAUUCACCCUUCCCGCUCCGAAUCUUGGUGACUUAGCGGGUGACGGGCUGAAUCUCAUCGGCGCCCAGUCACCAUUGUCUAUGUUCACAAAUAUAGGUGCUAGCUCUGGGUCUGGCCCGGAGUUGUCCACCUUUGACUGGGGUGCAUUCGAGAAUUAUGCUCAAGCGGCAAAUUGGGGUGCAGACCAAAGCUUUCAGAUUUAUGGCGGGGAAUCAAAUGACCAGGAGGCCAACAUGACGAACUCCCAGUAG